CGCUGGUGUUAGAUUGCGAAGCUCAUGGAGAAUCUUGAUAGGAAAAUACAGGAGGUCGAGUCGCAGAUAGAGGCAACGGAGGAUGCACUAAAAGCAUGCAAGGACAAAGAUGAGUUGGCUCACUCGCGCGAGGAGAAGCACCAACUCCGCGAGGAGAAGCGCCAACUUCGCGAGAAGGAGCGCCAACUCCGUGAGAAGGAGAGCCAACUCCGCGAGGAGAAGCUCAAACUUCUCGAGAAGGAGCGCCAACUCCGCGAGGAGAAGCUCUUGCGUCUCAAGAUGCAAUGAUACAGCUUGAUGUGCAAGAAUCCUGACCUGCAUACAUGUGACGUUCUCGUCAUGCAGGCGCGGCGGCAGGGCCGGGCCCCGGGAGCACGGCAGCUGACGUGACGCUGGCGGACCUUCAGAGGAAGGCCAGCAAGCUGGAGUCAGUUAUGGCGUUCCUAGUUUCAAAGGUGCUCGUGUGGCGUGACAGCUCCACUGCAACACACAGCGAGUCGGAGGAGUCGGAGGAAGACUGCAAGACAUCUGCGCUGAAGUCGCAGCUGCAGUGUGCGGGGGUGAAGGGCUGCCAGCUGCUGGGGGAAGGCAUCCCCCCAAACUGCGUCAGCCUUGCACACCUGUGCAAGCUGUCUUGGGCAGAUGGCACGUGCCACCUGCUGGGCUUGUCCAAGGAGGACGUCUCAUCACCACGCAACGCGCUGCUGCUGUCCAAGCCCAUCGAGCGUGCCUAUUACAACUCGGCUGUUUGCUUCUACGAGGACCCGGCAGACAAGAAGCUCAAGCUACACAUCCUGUGGGACGAGCUCAAGUUGCAGAAGCUCGCCGACUGCCAGUGGCUGGGAGGGCCCAAUAGCAAGGGCUAUGCUGAGUUGACCAAUGCGUUCGGCGACACAACAUACGGCGACCUGGAGGCACGGCCCCUACAAUACUACAGCAGCACGGUGGUCCCCUUUCAUCGCGUGCUCAGCGCCCAUGCACAGCUGAGCCUCGACCGGGCACAGCGGGAUGGCAAGAUGGCUGGGAGCUGGACCUUCCAGGACUAUCGCUCCAUAGAAAACGUCCUCACCUGGCUUCAAACUGCAGAGCUGCAGGAGCCACCCAUCACAGGCAGCGUGUCGGAGUUGUUGGAGGUCAAGAGCAUGAGCAGUGCUCCCGCUGCACUGAUGUGGCAGGAGGCUGGCUGGCAGUGGCAAUGUGCAGCCGCCAGCAGCGACUGCUGCACACAGAGCUGUACGACUAGGCUGUGGCGGCAGGGCAGGGUGGCGGGGCGGGGCGGUAGCUGCAGCCGCACGCGGAACCACGUGGUGGCGCUGCUGGUGGUGCUUGAUGCGGUUGCACCACGGACACAGUUCAUGCGCGGCUUGCGACGGGCCUAUUCGAACACUGUGCCUAGUGGAAUGGCUAUGGGAGACAAUUUUGCGGACAAAUUUUUAUCUUAG